AGAGAGAGAGACAGGCAUAGUCAGAGACAGAGAGACAGAAUCAUAGAGACAGGCUGUGGCCAUUUUAAAUCCCACUCGGGUCUUCCUAGAGAGGCAGGGUGACCCCAGUAGGGGGUAAACAGCUAAAUUCUGAGAGGCUGAGAAGAAACCGAAGCAGGCAGCUGGAGUCUUGCACCAUCUAUGCUUUACUGAGAGCCGCUCAGUGUCCCUCCAUGUGCCCCAGAGAGAAGCCUGGCACCUUCGUGCCACCAAAGGAGACCCAUCCUUGGUCUGUCCUCCUCCCCAUUCCCGUCAGCGCCAGAAGGCAGGGUCAGAAACUACUGUCACUGAGCCAGAGGGCAGAGGAGAGGGAAAACCUUCUCCUCCCAAAACGCGCCCACAGCCUGUCGCAGAGGCAACACCUUGGAAUGAUGACUUCAUCGUCCCCACAUCAGUCACCAGAUGGAUAUGGUGUGGGUCACCCAAGCUUGUUACCUAUGAGUGAGUGCUGCCCACUAGCCAGGGCCUGCCCAUGGGCUCAUCUGGGAGGAGAGAAAACAGUGCCCAGAGCAGGUCUGAACGGGCUGGGGUGGGGUGGGAUUGAGCUGUGCUCUGGUCGUACCCCGACAACCCUGCUCCUUUAAGGGACUAGCUACACACUCCUCCUGCUGCCUAGGGGCAAAACCCUGGUUGCUACCCUGUCCCUUCCUGUGUUUGCAUCAUCUGUUUGGACCCUCACCUCCUUGCCUCAGCUCCUGCUCGAGAUGCCUCAUUAGCUGCUCACCCAGGCUGCUGAUGCCUCGGGCUAAUGGCCUGCCACCCCGCCCUCCUCUCCCUUCCGGCUCACUGCCCAUCCCGGACACCCUCCCUCAGCCGGGCCAGGGGGACUCCUGAGCCUCAGAGACAUCUGGCAAUGCCAAGAGUCUCAGAAAUUAGGAGGCUUUUCCUGUAAUGGGACGUGCACGCUUUCCAUUGUGUUUUAAGAGAGGACAUGGUGGAAAAGAAGCAGAGGACUGAGGGCGAGCCGUCCUCACUUCGAAUCCAGACUCACCGUCGUACUGGCACCAGCUCUCUCAUGGGCCUCUCUGCUUGAGAUAGUUGUCAUCCCACUAGAUGACUUCUAACACCCUGAGCAGUCUGUGACCCCAGGAGCCCCCGAGCACCACCCCUCACCUUACCCCAGGCCUAUCCAAGGGUGGGGAGGAAGUAGAGCUCAGGAGCGUGGAGGCCAGCCCCGGCCCCAUGGACCUGCCCCCGCAGCUCUCCUUUGCCCUCUAUGCGGCCGCCUUUGCGUUGGGCUUCCCACUCAACGCCCUGGCCAUUGGGGGUGCCGUGUCCCACGCCCGGCUCCGCCUCACCCCUAGCCUUGUCUAUGCCCUCCAUCUGGGCUGCUCUGACCUCUUGCUGGCAGCCUCUCUGCCCCUGAAGGCGGUGGAGGCCCUGGCCUUGGGUGCCUGGCCUCUGCCGGCCCCACUCUGUCCUGCCUUUGCUCUUGCCCACUUCGCUCCGCUCUAUGCCGGUGGGGGCUUCCUGGCUGCCCUGAGCGUCGGCCGCUACCUAGGGGCUGCUUUCCCCCUGGGCUACCAAGCUGCCCGGAGACCGUGCUAUUCCUGGGGGGUGUGUGCGGCCAUAUGGGCCCUUGUCCUCUGUCACCUGGGGCUGGUGUUUGGGUUGGAGGCUCCGGGAGGCUGGAUGAACAAUACCACCAGCUCCCUGGGCAUCAACACACCAGUCAAUGGCUCUCCAGUCUGCCUGGAGGCCUGGGACCCAGCUUCAGCGGGCCCCGCUCGCCUCAGCCUCUCUCUCCUGCUCUUCUUCCUGCCUCUGAGCAUUACAGCCUUCUGUUACGUGGGCUGCCUUCGGGCACUGGUCCGCUCAGGCCUGAGCCACAGACGGAAGCUAAGGGCAGCCUGGGUGGCCGGGGGGGCCCUGCUCACACUGCUGCUCUGCUUAGGACCUUACAAUGCCUCCAAUGUGGCUGGCUUCCUGCGCCCCAACAUGGGAGGCUGCUGGCGGAAACUGGGGCUCAUCACAGGGGCUUGGAGUGUGGUGCUCAACCCGCUGGUGACUGGCUACUUGGGAGGGGCUACCGGGAGGGUGACAAGUGUGGCAAGAACAAAAGGAGGGACAUCCCAGAAGUAGUAGCCCCUGCUGGGGAG